AUGGCUGAUAAAUUAAAAGAUCUGAAAAUCAAAACUGGUGUCGCCAAACGCACAUGGAAAGAACAUUUAUCAUACAAGAAGGAAUAUGACAAUGAAAAACGCAAAGUCGAAAAGAUGACAAGCGAAGGUCGUGAUGAGUACGAUCUAAAGAAAGCGCAAGAAGUAUUAAAAGAAACGGAAUCAAUGAUAUCGCAUACCAAGAGUAGUUUCCUUAAAGCCUGGAAAGAUUUUCAAGAUGUUUAUAAUGCUGCGGGAAACGAUGAUACAUUGAAACAGUCGAAAGAAUACGAAGAAGCGCAAAAAAUGUAUGAUGAAUUGAGCAAAGCUCAAGAAGAAGAUCGAGCUGCACAAGCAUAA